UCCUGAAAAAAAUGGAUCAAAAGUCACUUUCUUUCUUUCCAUUGUUUCGUCACUCCACAAUCCAUUCCUAUAAUUGCCCAACAUAUUUGCGUAGAUGUUAUCAGUAAUAAAUAGUAUUACCUGACACGAAUGCAUUUCCAACCAAGUAACUUUUUUUCCAAGGAAUUUCCUUUGUCUGUCCCGUAAGUAGGUACAACCAAAGUGCGCCUCGUACAAAUUGCUCUUUCCAUGCGUAACUAUGACAAUCGUCAAUAAAUAACUUGUCUAGACGGGAAAACUUCAGUAGUUCAUUUUCACCUGCGUUUCAGUCAAGAGCUUUCUAGUUAAAGUGAAUUGAUUUUUUUAUUGUGCCUCGUGCCACAUAAUAGUUCAGAUCAGUUCUAGAACAGCCAAUUUAACAUCAAUGGAUGCCAACAGAUAUGCCACGAAAAAGACGAUAGCCCAAGGGAUGUUGGAUAUCGCUCUUUUGACAGCCAAUGCGAGUCAAUUGAAGUACAUCCUUCAAGUUGGAGAGAAACAUGAAUUUUAUACCCUCAUGUUGACCUUGAUCACGAUUUCGAUCAUCCUGCAAGUUGCCGCUGCGGUAUUAGGCAUCAUUUUAACUCAAAUGCAAAAUCGCGGCAAUCACGUCGUCGCAAAUCGCUUGAAUCACAUUUCGUUAGCGCUCGUUGUGCUGCUAAUGUUUUGUCAUGUCAUUAGUUUAAACUUUGGACUCGAUCCGGCAGUGCAUUACAACGCUACAAAGAAAGAAUUGUAAAAAAAAAAUAUUUGAAAUAUUUUGUUGUAAUGAACGUUAAUUAUCGCCCAAGGCUUAAUUUGUAUUUUCCUCGGCACCCAAGAUAUUAAUAACUCGGAGCACCAUGAAAAGGCAGAUUUGGGGCAAAAUAUCUCUUUGG